AUGUUGUCGACUCUUCUUACUGCAGCUGGCUUGCUGCCUCUACUUGUCUCAAGUCAGCAACUUAUUCAAGAUCCGGGUAAGGCCGGCCCGGAGCUCGAACUUGUUCAUCUGUACUACGAUCAAUGGCCGACAGGUAUUGCUGUAUCCUCGACUGGCCGCAAGUUCUCGAACUACCCUGGUGGUCUGGACAAGAAUAACACCAACAAUGGCUCCAAUGGCAAAUAUACGGUUGCUGAGCUGACCGGAAACUCGAUUGAGGCGCCUUAUCCUAAUGCCGAUUGGAACAGCCCUCCAGGAGGAGCUAUCAACUAUACCACAACACCCCCGACGGGUGCCAACUACCAAAACCACUUCAUCGGUGUACAAAGCGUUGUCACUGACUCCCUCGACCGCCUUUGGGUUCUUGAUACAGGUCGAGUUCAGCACACUGACGGCACGAUUGUCGAGGCCACUGUCGGUGGACCCAAGUUGGUUGGUAUCGAUCUAUCGAACAACACUGUCUUCCAGACUAUUGUUUUCCCUGCCUCCGUCGCCCCUGGAGACAGCUAUCUCAACGACGUCCGCUUCGACUUGCGUCCAAACAUCACAGCCAGUGGCAAGGGCGUCGCCUACAUCACAGAUUCUUCCAUCGAAGGGCGUACAGGCCUUGUUAUAGUCGAUCUCGGAACUGGUGAAUCAUGGCGUCAUCUACAGGGCUCCGAGUAUGUUACAUCAGCAACCCAGUUCCUUGCUUAUAUCUGGGGCGUACCCUUCUAUGCUUUCCAGGCCGGUCAGCCUCUGAGCUUCCAGGGCUUCGGUGCUGAUGGUAUUGGUCUUUCUGCUGAUGGCGAGGAUCUCUACUUCGGUGGUGUCGGAAAGAGAUACCUAUACUCGAUCCCAACUGCCAGACUGCGUGACAACGGUCAAUUCUCGGAAGCGCUUGCUCAGGCAUCCGUUGUCAGCCGUGGUCAAAAGGGUGUUUCGGAUGGAUAUGAGACUGACACUAAUGGUUACAUCUACCAUGGAAAUGCUGAGCAGAACGCCAUCAGCUUCUACAACCCUGUCAACGGAACUAACUCCUUGUUCGUGCGUGACCCUCGCCUCAACUGGGUCGACACGAUGAGCACUGGUACUGAUGGCUACCUUUACUUCACGAACAAUCAGCUCGCCUUCAGUCCUCUCGUCUGGCCCGGUACCGACAGGAGACAGCGUCCCUUCUCCCUAUUCCGUGCCAAGUUGCCCAACAACGGCACCAAGCCAUUGCUGCGUUAAAGUGCCUGGUUCGAUCGUUAAUGUCGGGCAGAUCCAAAUGAGGCGACUGGAUGUAUGAUGGGUGAGAGCUGGGCUCUGUAAUCGAUAGCUUAUUCCGCAAUAC